AUGUGUACUGGGUAUGCUUACAACGCAUAUGUUCGAUACUUCUGCGUCAGUCAUACUCAUAACGCCCGCCCGGACCGCGAGACGGACGGUCCCAAAACCCGCCAGAUCGCCGGCGUUCGAUCCGGUAGCACUCACAUGCACAAGCAAAGAUGUGCCACACCCUUCUCCAGCACUACAUUCCCUGCCGGCACACUAACCUCCACUUCUACCACUGCCAUGUUGACCCCUCAAUUCGGCGUACUCCAACCUUCCCCAACGAACACGACUCGCGUUCGCGUCACGCACCCGAACUACGUCCCUACCACCCUUCUGGAGAAGGAGACGACCAGGUAUGGAGAGGACACGGCGGAUUGGCGGAGCCAUGAUGUUCAAUGGGGUGCCGCGCAUAGUUAUGUAAGGAAGUGUCCGGCGUGUUUGGAGGAGGAGAUUGAGGGGGUGAUUGGGGAUGUGGAUUAUUUGGAGGGCCUGGGGAGGGGUGUGGAUGGUGGGAGGAGGGGAGUGAGGAGGUGGAGGAUUUUUGCUGGGAUGGAGUUGGCUCCGAGUGAUGGGGCGAUGGGUGGGGUGGAGAGCAAUGGCGGAACGGAAGAGGAAGCUGGUGGGGGAGAUAAUGGUGUGGAUAGGAAUGGUGUGGAGGCAGGAAAUGUUGCCGACGGGGCAGGCGAUGAGGAAGAAGAGGAUGACGGUGUUGAUGAUGAGGUAAGGAGGCAGGUCCUGAUCAUCGACAAUGAUCUUAUGGAUCUCGACGAUGCGUUGUCGCCCAACUCGAACGGCCAGGAAGCCACGAGCGAAGAAGAAGGCGGUAUUCUGACCACCUUCGAGCGUGGCCUUUUGGAAGAGACACGUAGAGCUAUUCGCGAGCUCGAGCGCCGUCGUCGACGGGACGAUAGCGGCAGUGACGACGUAACACCUGCAACAGCCAACGGCUCGUCAGCUCAAGCAUCCAAUCGCUCAAUCGUCGUGGUUCGGAAUUUCGGAGACGGAGAUCAGCCCAUAGGCGAUAUGGCCAGUGGCAUGACCCCGGAACAGGCGGAGGAGAUACUUGAGCGCGCGAGAGUUGUUGUUGCGCGGCUGGAUGAGCGCGAUGCCGCAGCGAGGUCAGCCGCAGACAAUGCGAAUGGGCGUCUCGGCGACUAUGCUGUUGAGAGGCGUGACUCUCCGAUGAACAGGGAUCUCGUCGUUGACGACACGACAAUGUCCGGCGCAGUCCAACGCGAACCCACCCCGUCGCCUCCGCAAAGGCCCGUCUCUCGAGAACGAAUCAGACCGAGAAGACUGCAGCCGGUGCAGCCAUUCCGUCCGGGUCACCUCACCCUCAACCCACCGAGUCUUGGCCCACGUGUACUGGCUCGUCAAGCUCGGAACAGGAAUAUCAUGGUCCAAGCUCGUGAAGCGGAAGAGCGGAUCUUGGCACAGGACGGGCAGGGAGGGUUGACACCUGACCAGAGAGGUCUCCUUUUCAGUGGCCAGCCGAUCCUUGCGACGAUUCCGGAAGAGCUGCGAGAAAACGUCGUCCGAACGCUUGGAGAGUUGGAGAGGCAAGGAGGCCGAUGGGAGCCCAUUGUUGGGGACUCGAAUGGGACGAGGAUGUGGAUUGAUGGCGCAGCUGAUGAAGAGGUUGAUUGGGCUGGCGCAGCUGAGGGGAGUAGUCCUGGACCGAGAAGAGCAGCUGGGCGGACAAGUGCCUUUGAAGAGAUGCUACCUCGGCCGAGGAGAGUUCCAGGGGGACCUUUGAUUGGCAACUUGUCGACUGGGUUCUUGUCGAUACCAGAGCCAGGACCACCAAACGUUGAUGCGGUCGAUCAGCCUACCUCACGCUGGAGUGAGAGCAGUUCGGACAGUACGCCGACCACAGAAAACGGAAACACCUCGCCACCACGACAAGACACACCAGGCAACCUCUACCGUUUCUCAACAUACAGACGCCCAGGCGACAACCGCGAGGCAUGGGAGGUCAACCAUCCGGUACAAAGCUCACCCAACCGAAUCGGCACCACAACAUCCGCCCUCGCAGGCCUCACGCUUGGUCCAAAUGACUGCCCCUGCCACAUCCCGCGCGAAUGGGCCACCGCAUCCAAUACUCCAACCCACGACGGUAUCACGAACCACCGCGCCACUCUCGCCGUGCAGCGCGACUCCUCGGCUCAUCGCUCCGCUCGCUUGCCCCGGCAAGUGAAGCAGGAGGAGCUGAGUGGUGAUACCUGGGAGGUUGCUGUGCACUUCGAGGGGUGCGGGCAUAAGCUUGCUGUUUUCGUCGAGAAACUCGCUUACGCAGAUGCGGCGAAUGUGACGAGCAAGUGUGGCUGUUAUGGAUUCGAUCGGUGUCUGGUAAGCCAGAGGAAGGCGGUGAGCAGGCAGAAGUGUUUGGUGUGUCGGAUGGAGCGGGACCGGGAGGUUUGGGUUGGCAAGGAGCCUGGGAGGAGCGGGGAGGAUAGGAUGCCGUGGUUUGGGAGGUGGGUCAGGCUUCUCGAGAGCACGCGGGAAUGGCAUUUAUGGCCGUUUGGAGCAAAGUGUGUCGAGGGGGCAGGCGAUAGUGGAGGUGUGCAUUUCCGGUGA